AAAAGGAGUAGAUCUAGAGCAUGUGGAAGUGGACGCAGCGGUCGACGCUUCUCAAAGAGCAAAGGCGGGAAGAAGCGCGACUUCUAUCGCCAGUACCUCCACAACAACGCAACCAGCGUCUCCUGAUCCUGGAACAGCUUCAUCGCGUUUUUCAUCCACCUCUUCUUCUUCUCUUCCUCCAUACAGAAGUCGUCCUUGGUCUCAUUUUCGCAGCACGCUAGUAUCUGAUUUGCUAGAAUUUUCGGACGUCUAUAACGACCGCCCGAUUCGCUUCAAUCGUUGUGGGGUGCACUUCAAUCACGCGUUUGCACUAUGUUAAGACUGGCUGUAGUGGAAACAAAUUGCCCGCCAAAGAAUUAGUUUUAGUUAUUAUGAUCAUGUCGACGUCCAUGAGGACGAUGACAAAAACAAAAAAGACCACUUCUAUCAUUCUUCACGCUUCUAACUUUGGCGAGAAGUGAAACGAUUGGCGGAUGCGACUGAUAUUGACACAGUGUUAGAAAGUGGGUUUAACCAAGGCCAAUCAACUUUCUUCAUUCGCCACGCGUUUGGAAGAUCUGACAUAGAGAAGAACGUAAUCUCCAUGGACCCACUGAGAAUAGUAGAAUUAGACGUAGCAAACGGGAAUAGAGUCGAAGAUGGGGAGAAGUUGCAAGCAUUGCUGAUCAAACGGAUCGAAGAGAUGCGAGAAAGCCUGCAUAUUGAUGGAGCUACAGCUGCAGCUAACCCGGAGCAGAGCGAGAAAGAGCAUCAAAACGAUUUUUGUAUAAAGCGGUGUGCUAAAGAAUGUAACCACGUCGAGCAGAACUAUCAGAAGAAAGCAGGAAUUUUUCCACGCAUCAUUUACAAUGCAGAUUUGACUGCGUCAACGACUUUCGACGUGGAUGUUGCAAAGAACGACAUGAUUGAUGCGAGGAGUGCUGAAACGGAUACAGAAAGUAAGACGAAGACCCGUGAUGAAGAAAACCAAAACGGUUCACCAAAUAAUAUGAAAAGAACGAGCGACGUUGAUCCGUUCUGGCUACAGACUUUCUACCCUAAGAUUAACCCAAAACGCACUCUGGUGUUUUUGGACGAUCACGUCGCGCCCUUAGCUCGUUUAGCAAGUUUGCGGGCACGAGGGUUUAGACGGUUUAUUGUCGACGACAAUUACCCUGUGGGCCUCGGUUGGAGUCUUGGAGAACGGUUACUAACUCCGAAACAGAUUCUAGAGGGUAAGACAGAGGUCGCAGCAGGCCAAAAAGGUCCUCCUGAUAGCAAUAAUACUGGAGUAAGAGGGGAAGAAGAACUACACUUAGCCUCAGGCAGCUGUCGAGGAGAACAAUCGCUAUCCCCUGAGCGCGAAUGGUUCGAAGAUAACGUACUGGAGUACACUGUAAUUCCACCAGUCUUAAAUUUCCAGGCUCUAUUUGGAGAAGACGAAGCUAAACCUGGAUUGAUUAAGGCUACCACUGGAGCAUGUCCUCAGCACCACUUGGAGCACGAGAGACAUGGCAUGAAUCAUCGGCUGGUCUUUCUUUUUCUACUUGAAAAGGGAUGCUCUCAGAAUCGGAUGCUCUAAGGGAUCAUGCGACAGCGGUCUAUUAAAAACGCUAAGUUGAUGAAUUGGAACUACACAAAGCGUUUCAGCAGUGCAGAAGGCGUAGGAAGCUGCUUUCGAGAAUUUAUGAAGUGGUUGUUGUGCUGGGUCUUUUUGUGGAUUUGAUCUUGUUUGGAUUUCGAAACAAUGUGGGCGUGGAGUUGCUAGCUAGCACAGAAUCUUCGGUAAAUGUGUCUAACCACGAUAGUUUCUUAGUCACAAGGGAAUCGAGAACUCAACACCACAACGAAGACAACGAAAACCUGAAAAGAAUCUCUAUUCUGCGAACGAAGAAGAACAGCCCACCACGAUCGGCUUCCAAUUGCACUCUCAUCGUACACGGCGAGAAAAUGGAGCCACCUGCCUUGCUUACUUCAGAGGCUGAUGACGAUAUGCACACUGUUGACCGGGUUUUUAUGCGAAGGAUGCAUUUCAACCUUCUAGACGUUCAAGACGACCCUGAGAAAUACCUGCACUACUUUGGCUAUUGUUGGAUGGCAUAUAUUGAACUCAAGUGACGAUGGAAGUAAUCAUGUGGAAAUAAUAGCUUCUCAAAUCGUGUUUUAAGUACGCAAUGCAUAUAUAUAAGUAAAUGCCUUCAUCUGAC